AUGGCGGUCGAAGGAAACUUCGCUAACGUGUUAUUACAACCGUCUUUUGGAGUUUUAGUCGUCAACAGCACUGAGUUCAUAUCCGUGAAAAGACACAGUACUAAUAUGGCCGAGACCCUUGGAGUGACGGCUGGAGUCGUUGGCUUAGUCGCCACAGCCAUCGGCUUUGUUCAGACAAUCAGGAAGGCCCAGGAAAGCGUCAAAGGGGUACCAAACACUCUCCAACAUGUGUCUUCCGUCCUCGACGCCAUAUCCUACACACUGGACCUCGUUGGACGGGAGCCUCGCCUCCAUACCGUUGGCGUCGAGGACCAGGUUCGGUCCACCACCCGCUGCUUGAUGGAACUACAUGAAUUCUUCGAAAAGUUGCAAGCCAGAUUUCAAAAGGGCAAAGUCAAGAAUUAUAUGCAUGCUUUGACGACUGGAGAUGCCGAUGAAAAUGAGCUGGUCAAGAAGAUUACCCGUCUGGACGGUGCCAGAGCCGAACUCCUAACUCGGAUAUCUGUCGUUCAUGUGGGAUUGACAGGCAAUAUUCAUGACGGCUUCAAAGUUGCAUUGAAGAUCCUCGAGGAAACGAACACCAGGGUCCAGGAAGCCAUCGGACUUAAUCUAGUUCUGGCGACGAGGCUACAGAAUAGAGAGCUUCUGUUGGCAGGUCCUGGCAUUGUUGCCCUUGAUCCUCCCGACAUUGUGGCAUUGAAGCUCGGCGGUAUUGAAGAGACAGAUGCCCAAACUCAAGAAUCCCAGCAAGAGGCACAGAACAGACAGAACAACAAUCCCAACUUGAACUGGGUAGACAAUGUCACAUUAGAUGACCCGCGUAUCUUUGUUGGGAACCUGGGUGUUAGUGAGCAUUCAAACCCACGUGUGGGCGAUGUGAGAUCGAAUGUCACCCGUAGCACUUUUGGAAAAGGCCUACGACUCAUGAAUGGGCAUGUUGGCGGGGAAGCAGCGAAAUCUUUCGCUGAGAGCUUCUUCAAAGACUGA